AUGGACUCUGAGGACGAGGAGCAGGGCUCGUCGCCGGAGUCGGACCCCCCGCCUCCGUCGCCGCCGCAGCAGCCGCUGCUGCUGAACCCGGCGUACGCGCAGUGCAAGUCGGUGAUCCACGACGAGCUGCGCAGCUUCCGCGUGUUCCUGCAGUGGUGCGCGCUGGACCACAGCACCCGCGCGUGUCGCGCCGCCUCGUACGCGGCGUUCGUGGCGCUGGCGCUCCUGGUCCCCGCCGCGGUGUCGCUGUCGCUCCGCGCCGACGCCGCGCUGUCCCGGGACUCGGCGUCCGCCAUCACCUUCAACCGCGUUGCGCAGGCCCCCGCCACGGGGCUCGCCGUCAUCUCCUUCGCCACGCUGGCCGCCUUCUUCCGCCGCCUCGGCGGCCUCCGGCAGCUGCUGUUCCUCGACGGCGCGCUCCGCGACGACACCGCCUUCGUCCGGCGCGGGUACGCGCGGGAGCUGGACCGCGCGUUCCGCACCCUGGCCGCGCUCCUGCUCCCGUCGCUCUGCGUGGAGGCCGCGCACAAGGCCGUCUUCUUCUUCUGCACCGUCAGGGUGGAGCCGCCCGCCGCGGUGCUCCCGUUCCCCACUCUGCUCAUGCCGUGGCGCGCGGUGGCGCUGCUCGCCACGGUGGCGUCGUGGGUGUACCGCACGGGGGUGUUCCUUCUUGUCUGCGUGCUGUUCCGCCUCACCUGCGAGCUCCAGAUCCUGCGCUUCGAGGGCAUCUACGGCAUGUUCGACGUGGAGGCGCGCCCCGCCGCCGCCGCUGAGAUCUUCGCGGAGCACCGCCGCAUCCGCACGCAGCUGCUCGCCACCAGCCACCGGUACAGGGUGUUCAUCAUCUGCUGCCUCGUCACCAUCACCGUCAGCCAGCUCGGCGCGCUCGUCGUCGCCCUCUCGUCUAGGGACGCCAAGAGCUUCUCCAACACCGGCGACCUCCUGGUCGGCUCGGCGGUGCAGCUGAGCGGCUUCUUCAUGUGCCUGCUGGGAGCGGCCAGGAUCACGCACAGGGCGCAGAGGAUGGUGUCCAUCGCCAGCCAGUGGCACAUGAGCAUGGAGUCGUCGAUGCACCACGGCAAAUCAUCGUCGUCGCCGGCCACCACGUCGGCCAUCGACGACGUCGACGCGUCGUCCCACGUCUCCGACUCGUCGACGGCGGCCGUCUCCCAGGCGGAGCCCGGAGCGCCGUGCUCGUACAGGAGCAGACAAGCACUCGUGACUUACCUACGGCACAACGGCGGCGGGAUCACCCUGUUCGGCUUCACGCUGGACAGAGGCCUCCUCCACACCAUCUUCGUCUUCGAGAUGACUCUGGUGCUCUGGAUCCUCAGCAAAGUCGUGGUGCUCUAGCAUGUCAUGUGUAUAUAUAUGCGUGCCAGACUGUCGCAUAGCAAUGCUACUGCAAUUUUCGCUCGCAACUGUACCUAUAUUGCCUAUUGGUGCAAGUAUAAACUCAGUCAAGACACAAGACAGCUUUGAUUUACGAGUGAUUAUUCUGUCUUUUCUUUCCGAGAAACAGAGAACUUCUGUUGAUCAAUCACAAGCUGCUGCAGUCCUGGAAAAACAAAUGAAGGAAAACAUUUUAGGUCUUGUUUGGAUGUUGUCGAAUUUAUUUCAAUCCAUGUGUAUUGGUGUGGAUUGGGGUGGAAUUUAGUUCAAGUUCCAUUUCAAUCUACCUCAACAUAUGUGGAUUGAUGUGAAUCCGACUACAUUCAAAAAAUCCUUAAUCAGGAGCAUGGUCAGGCAAUUCGCAAAUCUGUACAAAUGUUCAGUCAUCACGUUAUGGGAGCUAUGUCUCUGAAUAUUAGUGCUUCUUAAUAAUGCA